AUGUCGCGUCCGCAUCACAGCAGUCGCUCCGGCACGCGAUGGGCAGUGCGCAUCAUUCCCUUGUUCAUCGUCGGCAUUCUAGCCGUUGCGACUUACGCCGUCGUCGGUCGCCUCUGCAUCAGCUUCCUCUACAAACGAAAACACCAGGAUGGCGUUGUCACGGCGUUCCUCGUCCUCUAUUUCCUCUUCUUCAUGUUAAUGGCCGCCGCCUAUCUACGAACCUUCUUUACUGUCCAACUAAACCCGGGCGUCGUCCCUCUGGCCCCCGAGGAUCAGAGCGAGCGCGAGGCGACCGAAAAAGCCUUCUACAGCAAGGAUGUCUUCUGGAAGCCAGACCGAUCUCAUCACUCGAGCGACCUAGGCCGCUGCGUCAGGAAGAUGGACCAUUUCUGCCCCUGGGUUGGUGGCAUGGUCUCUGAGACUUCCUUCAACUUCUUUACGCAGUUUUGCUUCUACUGCGGCCUAUUUUGCGCCGUGGGCCUCGCCGUCAGUGCAUAUUCCUUCCAACAACACCACAAAGACGGAGACCCCCUUGAUGGAUGGGCCCUCGCAGCAAUCGUUUUAUCUUGCCUCUUCGGCACCUUUACCUUUGGCAUGGCGCUCACUUCGUUUCGCUACAUUCUCGCAAACACUACCAAUGUCGAUAUGCUUAAGAGAUCACAUACAAUCACCUUGGCUGUCCGCAUUCCCCAGUCCACCCCGCCCUCGGACAAAUAUCCCGUCAUUGUAUACCCUCUUCGUGGACCGCCGCGGCGGCCAGGAUCUGAAGGCCAGCAGCCGCAUAAUAGUCAUGGACCCAUCUCUGCUAGAGAUCAGCUGGCAGAACGCAAGUUCGCCAUCCUCCGCACCAAGGUACGGGAAAAUCCCUGGGAUCUGGGAGCCAUGGAAAAUUGGAAGUCCGUCAUGGGAGACAACUUCAUCGAGUGGAUGCUUCCUAUCCGACAUUCGCCAUGCUGCAAUCAUGAAAGCAUGGAGAGUGACUACAAGUUUGGUCCUCUCAUCUCAAAACUAAGAAAGCGCUACGGAAUUCCUGAGCUCGAAACCUCUUCCCGCGGCGGGCAUGGCAUCGAAUUACAGGAGAGAGGAGGUCGGCGCGCCAGUGAUUGA